CCUCCGCGCAGUAUCCCAACGUUAGCCUCAGGGGAGACCAAGAUGCCGGAGGCGGGCGGCGGCACGGCGAACCGUGGAGGCGGAGCCGAUGAGCCCGAGGACAUCAUCGAUAUCCUCCCUCUCGAGCUCGUCCGAUCCCAGCUGAUCCCUCCCGCUCCAAACCGCCGCGGGUCGGCGAUCGAUUGGCUGCCGGAAUUUGGUGGCGCCGCGUGGAUCGCAUACGGCGCCUCCUCUCUUCUCGUCAUUUCCCACUUUCCUUCUCCUCUCUCCGACCACGAACGCCAACUCGGCCCAUUCUUCCGGCAGGUGAUCGAGCCGCCGCCUGGAGGUGAGCCCGCCGAUUUGAGUGCGGUCUCUUGGUGCCCAGCGAUACCGUCAGAGGGAGAGAUCGCGGCGGCAUUGGGAAAUAGCAUCUUCGUGUACUUGCCGGUCCCCGGCGGCGAAUCAGGUUCCUUUUCUUGGAAGCAGACUGUGGGGUUUGUGGAGACAUUUUCAAUAGAGACAAUUGGAUGGACGGGGUCUGGUGAUGGGCUAGUUGCUGCUGGUGCCGAAGUGGUCUUAUGGAAUAGGAAAAAGGGCUACUCUUGGGAAAUGUCUUGGAAGUUGAAAGCAGAGGUGCCUCAAACUAUUGUUUCUGCAACCCAGUUUGCUCAAGGGUCUGUGGCAACAGCUCCGCAAGCAUUGAUGCAGCAUGACAAAGUUAUAUCCGGAGACCUUCAUUCUUCAGUGUCAGACGAAACCAAGCAUGUUCUAGUAUAUCAUGAUGAUGGUAAAUCGGGAAUUACAAAAGUUCAGCUCUGUCAUCCUCAACCUGUUUUGAUGAUUCAGUGGAGGCCAUUUUCUGGGAUGCAAUUGCAAAAAGAUGCUUUCCCUGCAUGGAGGGACAUGCUGUUGACUUGCUGCUUGGAUGGAACAGUAAGAUUGUGGAGUGAGAUAGACAAUGGUAGGCCUAGAAAAUUCAAUAAGGACAUGCAUGAUCAGAAGCACAUGAGGCGAUUGUUCCAUGUUGUUGCGGUGAUUGAAAUGAACCAGUCUUUGAAGGGAACACUUGGUAGAAACAUAUUUGUAAAAUGGGCACUUGAACUUGGUGGUGUAAUUGAAAAGGGUGAAGGAGAUUGUUAUUCUUUGUUAUCAUCUCAUACUGAAUGUGAGCAAAUUGGCAAGUGUGAGUGGUUGAUUGGUGUAGGGCCUAACUUCUCCAUUACUUUAUGGGCCAUUCAUUGUCUUGAUGAUGUGUCCCCUACACGGUUUCCACGGGUGACGAUGUGGAAGAAAGCAGAUUUGAUAGAUCUUAAAGGGUCUAACUUUCUCCAUUGUAAUUUUUCAGAGACAAUGGGCCAACCUAUCCUAGUAAAAGUUGUUGCUUCAAGGUGUCGGCUUUUUGGUCCACCUUCUUCAUGCUCUUUGCUUCAAUUAUUGCCUGAUAAUUCAAUCAGCUGGUCACAAUUGUAUAGUUCAUCAGAAAAUACAGAGGAUGGAAUUUUAAGUAAGAUAACAAAGGAGAGAAGUCUUUCAUGCUUUGCUGGCAGUGCUCUCAGUGAGCAUCGGCACACUGGGCGCAUCAUACAAAUUGCAUUGCAUCCAUAUAGUCGUGAUAUUGAACUUGCUGUUUCAUUGGAUUCCCAUGGUUUACUUCUCUUCUGGUCCUUGUCUACUCUUUCAGAGAGCAUCUUGGGUGUGCAUACGCACAUACAUCCCAUGUGGAAACUUAUGGGUCAUAUAGAUUUACCAGUUUCAUCGCCUGAUUGUAAAUUUUCAUGCUUGGUGUGGGCACCUUCAGUUUUGGAGGAGAACCGAUUUCUUCUUGUGGGACAUGAAGAUGGAAUUGAUUGUUUCAUGAUUGAAGAUUCCUUGAAAGGGGAAAGUAUAUUAUCUCACAAAAUUCUCACAAUUCCAUUUGGUGGUCAAACAAAUGGAGCGAGUCCAGAUCAAAUGUUUGCAACACCUAUUAGUUGCGGUGUUGGCCAAUCAUCUUGUUAUAGUAGUUUCUCAUUGCUUUGUGUAUGGAUUAGAAAUUUUCAAACUUUAUCAUGGAAGGUCAUCCUUCACAUGUCCGGAACCAGUGGUAUACUUUCCUCUGAUGUCAAAGGACUUGCUAUUUCGGAAGAAGGUAGAUGCACAAGUUCUUCUGGUAAAUUUUAUUAUGCCAAUUCUUUUAGGCAGUCAUCGAGCUUACCUACUCCCCAGUGUUGUGGUGAAGUUACCAGUGUUGCUGUAGUUUCUCCAAGUAGUUGUUUACCAUCCAUCCAACAAGCAUCUUCUAAUGAUUUUCCUAGUAGUUAUUUUGGAUACCAUAUGGCCACAGGAUAUUCUGAUGGAACUUUGAGACUAUGGAGGGUUUGCCAUGUGCAAUCAGAACAUUCUGAUACGGAAUAUGUCCCAUGGGAGUUAGCGGGUACAUUUACUGCACAUGAAGGUCCAGUCAACGCAGUCUCUUUAGCUAGUUUUGGCAGUAAAGUUGCUACCACCAGCAUCUGUGGCCCUAACAGUACAUCCAGUCUUCAUAUCUGGGAAUCUGUAAAGUUGACAGGUGGUGGUUCUUUUGUUUUAGAAGAUGCAAUAUUCUUAAAAGGGACUGUUGUUGCUCUUAGUUGGUUAGCUUUAGGCAAUGGUCAGACAUUGCUUGGAAUCUGUCUGCCAAUGGAGUUGCGUAUAUAUUCACAGAAAAGAUCCUCUAUUCACUCUUUUGUACAUUCAGAUAAGUCAAAGGAGAUCCAUAGUUGGUAUUGUAUUGCAAUCACUAGUUCUUUGACCAUUGUAAGAGACUUCUUUUGGGGACCGAAGAUGACUGCUGUGCUUGUUCACGAGAAACAUUUUUCUGUCUACAGUCAGUGGUUAUUCAGAUCAAAUAGUCCGUGCUGUGAUGAUUCUGUUGCCUAUGUUAAUCGAAUGCAAGAAAACUUGUUCUGUGCAAGUGAUACUGAUAGAAACAUCUUCAAGACACAAGAACAAUUGAAAAGUGGGAGCAGUGGAAAGAUUUUUCAGCAGGAUUAUGCUCCUGAUACUAGAAAUAGGUUAUUUUCCAUUCUAGAUAUAUCAAAUAAAUUGGAUGGAACUUUAGCACUGUAUCAUCCUGAGGCAUUGAUUCAAUAUAUCUAUUCAGGUAACUGGAAACGUGCAAAAGUUAUUGUGAAACAUUUUGUUAAAUGUGUUAGUUGUAGUAAAACUUCAUCUUCCAUUAUGAAGGGCAAUCAAUGUGGAAAAUCUUCCUAUAAUGUGCCUGAAGUUCACUUGUCUACAUACUUUGAGGAUAAUAACUCUGUAAAUUCAUCCAGUGAAAGGUUAUUUUGGGGUCAGGGUACUACUUCAGAAGAACCUACUUUGCAUUUUCAAGGAAACAGUCUCCAGUUGCUAGACAGUAAAUUAGAGGCUAACACUUUUGGGAGAAUUUCAACUGCUGAUGAAAAAUCUGAAAUCAUGGAUCUCAUUGAAACUCUUGAGAAAUCUGAUGGAAUUGCUGGUAUGACAGAUUUGGAGAAAACCCAAAUACUUGUGAUUCUUGAUCUUCUGAAUGAAAUCAGUGAUGCAAGAGCUACUUCAGCCUAUAAAAGCCUUGAUGAAGCCGGGCGUAGGUUCUGGGUUUCUGUGCGAUUUCAACAUCUAUAUUUCAUUCGUAAGUUUGGAAAGAUGGUUGCUGAAGAGCUUGUCAUCAACUCUAGGUUGGCUGCAUGGGCCCUCCUAUCUGAUUGUCAAGAUGAUCUGCUUAGUUCUAUUUUAUCCACGGAGCCAUCUUGGUUAGAAAUGAGAAAUUUGGGUAUAGGGUUAUGGUAUACAAAUGUGUCACAGCUGCGAACAAGGAUGGAGAAGCUGGCAAGAUCGCAAUAUCUGAAAAACAAGAACCCUAAGGACUGUGCACUUUUGUAUUUAGCACUCAACAGGCUUCAAGUUUUGGCUGGUCUUUUCAAAAUUAGCAAAGAUGAGAAAGACAAAGUUUUGUUUGGAUUUCUUUCACGUAAUUUCCAGGAAGAGAAGAACAAAGCUGCUGCUCUGAAGAAUGCUUAUGUUUUGAUGGGAAGACAUCAAUUGGAGCUCGCAAUAGCUUUUUUUCUGCUAGGUGGAGAUCCUUCCUCUGCUGUCACUGUUUGUGCUAAGAACCUUGGGGAUGAACAACUAGCUCUUGUUAUUUGUCGGCUCAUUGAAGGUUAUGGUGGUCCAUUGGAGAGGCAACUCAUAUUAAGCAUCUUGCUUCCCAAUGCAUUAGAGAAAGGUGACUACUGGCUUUCCAGCCUACUUGAGUGGACAUUGGGGAAUUACUCACAAUCAGUCAAGAGACUAGUUGAUUUUCGGACAAAACAUGUCAGCUGUAAUUUAGUUGCUUUGCACAAUCAUGCUUUCUUAUCUGAUCCUGAUAUUGGUCGGUACUGUAUGAUACUUGCCACCCGAAAUAGUUUCAGAUGUUCUGUUGGUGAGAAUGUCGCAGCAGCCUUUUCUAAGCUUGCAGCAUUUUUGGCUGCAAGUGCCUUGAACAGAUGUGGAAUCCCUCUUGAUGCACUUGAAUGCUUGUCAUCUUCUUUAAGCAUUGAAGGUAUGGACCACAAGAAUAUGUCAGGUGUUGAAAAUCAUGAUCUUUUUCAAGGAAUACUGAAUCCAUUCUCUAGUGAUGCUUGCAACUGGCUACUAGAAAGUGUGGCCCAUCAGUUGGAGCUGGAUGUUAAACUAAAUAUGGCAUUACGAUACAUAUCAAGCUACUUGAGAAAUCACCCAAGAUGGCCAUCCAUUAACCUAUCAAAAUCCAGAAAAGUAAUUAGCUCUGACUAUGUUGCUUAUCAAGAUGAGGAGUUUCAGCAGCUGAAGCUUGAUCUGGGCAUGAUAAUAUCAAUGUUUGACAGGAAAUUCUCACUGAGGCCAGUUGGCUUAGCUAACAUGGUACUACUUUUUGCCGACAACAAGGGAUUGAUUUUUCUUGGUUACCUGCUCUUGUAUGUCAAUAAUUCUCUAGAAGGUGAAGAUAAUCACCGUACUCUUGACAUGGUUUUGGAUCCUGCUUUGAUCAGGCUUCUGUUUAAGGCCACCGAGGAGAUCUUAUGUUUUCUGGCUCGGUUUGUUGUGUCGAUCAAUUUUACUUAUUCAAUGCUGAAUCCAGUUUGUGACAGUAACACGAAAUCUAGAGAGUAUAGUCAUGAUCAGCUACUUAGUGUGUUUUGUUUGCAGAACAUGUUAUACUUGAUCAAUAUUUUCAGGCUAAUCUUUAGUUGUCAGAAAAAAAUUGUUCCAGAAGAUCUCACUUUGUGGUCUUUGGUUUUUGAUCUUCUUGAAUUUUAUGUAAACUUUGCUUCUGCAUGCAUUAGAAGAAAUAUUAAAGAACUGAUUCUGAUGAUUCAUCCUAUUGUAAAUGCAUUUAUCAAUGAUGAGGUCUCUUUUGAAGUUGCAUAUGGGAAACUGAGGGAACUUUCACGUCAGACUUCACUAUUGGUUCAUGAUGCAUCAAAUGAUGAGGUUGGAUUCAUUUCUGACUCUGGAUUUCAACAAAAACAUUCAGAAGUACGUGAGUCUUCAAUUCCAGAAGAUGAAAGGUGGCAAAUAUUAGGGGUUUGUUUAUGGUUGCACAUGUUGAACUUUACAAAGCUUGGACUAAGCAAGUUUCCAGCGAAUGAAGAGUGUUACGAUGUUAGAAGUAUAAAAAAUGUGAUCGAUACAUUUCCUUUUGCUAGUGCAAAUUCACUAGUAAAUGCACUCAGAUAUGUCUCCUCUUCUUUGGUAAAACUACUCGCUUCAUUCCUUAAACAGAAAGCAUUGAAAGGUUCACCAGUUAAUAGUAUUGUUUGGUUGGAUGAAUGUGCUCGCUCCCAUCCGUGCUCAUUACAGAAUUGUCUAAAUCAGGGACUUGAUUCUUUGCAACUGCCUGACAAUGAGCAGCAGCCAUCUUUGAAGAUAUUGUGGGAUGUUUCUGUCAGUCCUUCUGAAAUAUGUGCAUAUUUUGCUAAAGAAAAAGUUGGCUCUUUUCCCUGUAAUCAUCAGAAUCAGUUUGCUUCCUGGAAAGAUGUGCAGAGGAAUAUUUCCUCUGAGAAUGAGAAUGCUGAUUCUUUGGACAAUAGAGAGGGAGAAAAGAUUGGUGGUAAUGGUCUUUAUAAAGAAACCAAAUCAGGACAUGAUGGUACAGUUUUGGACAAGGAUAUUUUUCUUGAAACAAAUAGGAAACACUUAGGUCCCAGGGGAGAUGUUACUUUCUUCAACAACCCAAAAGAAGUUAUGAAGAGAAGUGGGGAACUUUUUGAGGCUAUAUGCUUUAACUCCAUCAAUGAGAAUGAAGUUGCACUUGCAAGCAACAAAAAGGGGCUCAUUUUCUUCAACUUGGAAGAUAAGGAACAUUUCAGGCAACAAGCAGAGUAUAUCUGGUCAGUUUCUGAUUGGCCACAAGAUGGGUGGGCUGGUUGUGAAUCUACACCUGUUCCUACAUAUGUUUCUCAGGGCAUUGGCCUUGGGAACAAAAGAGGGGCACACCUUGGUUUGGGUGGUGCGACAAUUGGCGUAGGCUCUUUGGCAAGACCAGGAAAAGACCUGACUGGUGGUGGAGCAUUUGGAAUACCAGGUUAUGCUGGUAUUGGAGCUGUAGGUUUAGGAUGGGGAGAAGAAGAAGAUUUUGAGGAGUUUAGAGAUCCUCCAGCUACAGUUGAAAACAUUCACUCACGAGCAUUAUCACGUCAUCCCUCGAUGCCUUUCCUUUUAGUUGGAUCUAGCAACACACAUGUCUACCUCUGGGAGUUUGGGAAAGACAGAGCUACAGCAACCUAUGGUGUGCUUCCUGCAGCUAAUGUGCCACCUCCUUAUGCACUUGCAUCAAUAUCUGCAUUACAAUUUGAUCACUAUGGGCACAGAUUUGCUACUGCUGCAUUAGAUGGCACAGUAUGCACAUGGCAACUUGAGGUGGGAGGGAAGAGCAAUGUACACCCCACAGAUUCUUCCCUCUGCUUUAGCAAUCAUGCAUCGGAUGUUGCAUAUGUGGCCACUAGUGGGUCAAUUCUUGCUGCUGCUGGGUGUAGCACAAAUGGUGUCAAUGUUGUUUUAUGGGAUACUAUGGCCCCGCCUGCCACAUGCCAAGCUUCUCUAUUUUGUCAUGAAGGUGGUGCCCGUUCUAUAUCAGUGUUCGACAAUGAUAUCGGGACUGGUUCUAUUUCACCCAUAAUAGUUACAGGAGGGAAAAGUGGUGAUGUUGGGCUUCAUGACUUACGAUACAUUGCAACUGGAAAGUCUAGACGGAAUAGGCAUGCCAGUGAGCAAGAUCUCAAGACAAUGCAUGAUACAAACUUGGGAACUUUCAAGCAUGGUGAGAAUUCAAAUGGGAUGAUCUGGUAUAUACCAAAGGCUCAUCUAGGAAGUGUAACCAGGAUAACGACUAUCCCAAACACCAGCUUGUUCUUAACUGGUAGCAAAGAUGGAGACGUGAAACUAUGGGAUGCCAAAAGAUCCCAAUUGGUUUAUCAUUGGCAAAAGCUACAUGAUCGCCACACUUUUCUUCAACCAAACUCACGGGGCUUUGGUGGAGUUGUCAGAGCUGCUGUGACUGAUAUCCAAGUCCUUUCCACUGGUUUUCUUACAUGUGGUGGAGAUGGUUCUGUAAAGCUUGUCCAACUCAAAUAAUUUUGACAGAACAAUUAACAGAAACCAAAAGAAAAUCUGCUUCAGGAAGGGUUAGGCCUGAAGAACUCUGUGGUGCUUAGUUGAAUUUCAUUCUGUACUUCUUGUAUGUCAGGCGUGCAACCUGGCUUGACCAACGAAGUCUAACAGCAUCAAAUCAUCAGUUUUGGCACCUAAAGUUUGUAUAUCCUUUGUCAUACAUCCUGACUCUUAUAAUCUUAUGCAUUUUUUGGUUGUAUUGGCUCCCUUGUGUUAUGUUCUGGUUUAUUUAGAUUCAUUGUUCAGGUGCCAAUGGGAUGUAAAAAAUAUUUUCUCGAGUUGUCUGUAAUUAGGUUUACACCUAUUUGUGUCGCCUUGAGAGUUGUCUGAAUUAUCUGAAUGCCAAGCUGCUGGUCAAAUGAUAAAGGAUACACCAUACGGGACAUUCCUUCCCUUCAGUCA